AUGAAUUUGGAGAGACCCGCAUUCAAAACGCCGGAGCAAAAAACAGAGGAUCUCGAAGUGAAAUGCAUAGACGGCACACGCGAUAAGGUAAAUUUCCCGACUACUCCAGAGCUUUUAAAGGCCAUCGGGAAGUGCGAGAGAGUUACCUAUCCCGAAAAGCGCCUUGGUUUACCCAGCAACGGGGGAUUCUCUGGCUUCAUAGAGACAGGAGUCUUCCAGGUCUUUAAGGAGUUUCCAGUCGUCAAGUACAGUGAGCUUCAUGGUCCAGUGUUUAGCAAAAUUCGUGACUUGCUAUAUCAGUCAUACCCUCGCAUGAUGGGACAAAGAAUCUAUUAUGUUGAGACAAACCACUGGGUUUGCAUAACAGUGGAUCUCACAGGUGGGGUCGAUCCGAAGCAGUCUCAGGACGAUCCCAAGAGCUAUCUUCUACGAUCUGAAUUGUUGGAGGUGUUUUCGAUCUUUUACUGUCAAAUGAAUGAAAUGACAUGGAAUUCUCGUAUUGAGAAAUACAAGCCUACCUUUAGAUACAAAGAGGGGUUCCUCAUGGCUACGGUCAUGACGUUCAUGUAUGGAAAAGUUCGUGUCAUUCAAGCGAGUUUAAAGCCAUCGGAAACGUACCCAGUGCUUACGUUCACACUACGGGGCAUAUACGAUCUCAAUGCGGAAAAAUAUGACAAAGAAGUUGCCUAUACUCUUAUACAAUGGAUCCUGAGCCCUCCCAAGCCCGCAGAGGUGGAUUAA